AGACAUUCCUUCAUUUUGGCUUUUGAUCGUCUCUCUCUCCUUCUCUUCAAACUUGUCCCCAACUUAGUCCAAACACGAAUUCCACCACUCUGUCAGCAGCGUUACCUUUUUCUUCAAUCCAUUGAUUUUCUUUUCUCUUUGUUUCCUUGUCCUCUUCUAUUUUGGCAGCUGCUGCCUUGCCUAGGGUUUCUCCCAGUUAAUUGUUCCGGGCGGAUGGAUUGGAGCAACGUCACUGCUGAGGAUCUGGUGGAGGCGCUGCGAGAAGUCGACUGGUCGUCACCGCCGCGUCCAUUCUCGGAGUUCUUCUCCCGAUUCACUCCUCCGCGCUCUUAUGCCAAAUGGAACAGUCGCCUCAAAUGCAACCUCUACUAUUACCGGACCAAUUAUUUCAUCAUGAUUGUUUUCAUUCUUGGGAUGGGGUUUCUGAGGAGGCCGCUAGCAAUUGUUGCAGCUCUAAUGGCAGCUCUGAGCAUUGCUUUCCUAAAUGAUAGCUUUGCAGGCACUUUUAAUGAGAAAGUUACAAGAACUGUUCGUCAAUUUUCACCACAUUUAGCUGCCAAAAUGAGGCCUCCCCUUACGCCUGUUAUUCGUGGGCGCCCAUCUUCUAGACGAUCCAUACAUAUAUGUGGAUGGCCACGCUGGAUAUUUUCCUUGGCAUUUUCCAUAGUGAGCUGCAUCCUUUGGUUUAUCUCUUGUGGCAUUGUUACUGUCUUGUGGGCAUUCACUGUUGGUCUACUUGCCACCCUCAUUCAUGCUAGCUUUAGAACGCCAAACCUGAAAGCUCGGCUGAACACAUUCCGUGAAGAAUUCCGUGCAGUUUGGCGCAAUUAUAGUGAGCUGUAGCUUGUGGUAGCUGAGCACAUCUUCCCAUUCUACUUGUGGGAUUGGUGUGCUUAUGAAGAUGGUGUGUUAUGUUCUCCGGCUCACUUCUGCGUGGCUGUCAAAUUCUCAUGGAGCAUGUUCUGCAAAUAUUACAGAUAGAACACUGUAAAACUGUUGGAUUCCUUAUGGUUUAGUAUUGAGAAAUCUUUGGAAUUUAUAUUCAAAGAUUUCUUAUUGUGUUGUAUAAAAGUCCUGUUAUCAGUGUAUAAAGUAAUAGCAACUUUUACCUAAACUGUGUUAGAAACAUGUAUUUUUGGGAUGCUUUUUUGUGGUGUUUUAUUGCUUACUGAAUUUGUUA